AUGGCGAGCAAGCAGCCUUUUAAAACCACUUUCGAACCGGAAAGGGUCCUUCGGCCCAUUUUCACUGGCGGCUCUGUCGCAUUGGACAAUGGUGCCAAGAUUCUGGCCACUCCUCUUGGAGAGGAUGCGAUCUUGACCAACCCCUCCAACGGAAAGCAUCUUGCAAAGAUCGAAGGAGAUGGCGAACAAAUCUCGACUCUCACUUUAACACCCUCCGGAUCGCAUCUCAUCAUCUGUUCCCGUUCUCUAUCUAUGAAGAUCUACGCCUUGAAGACCACCGAAGACGGAACGAUAGAAACGAAAUUGACCCGAUCCGUUAAGCCUCACGGGACGCCCGUUGUUGUUCUCGCCGUCGACCGAACGAGCACCCUUCUUGCGACUGGAGGAACCGACGGAGCGAUCAAGGUCUGGGAUAUUGUUGGAGGCUACGUUACCCACACUUUCCGCGGCCCGAGUGUCCUCGUUUCGGCUCUUCACUUCUUUGAGGUUGCGGCGCGUUCGAACGACGGUGAGGUUGAGAAGUCUGGCAAGAAAGGAAAGAAAUCGAAGCAGACAGAGGAGCAGGAUGACAGCGCUACCACGAAUUGGCGUCUCGUGUCUGGCAGUCAGGAUGGAAAAGUGCGAGUUUGGGAUCUCCACAAGCGCGCUGCCAUUGCAAGCCUCGAUUCCCAUGUCUCCAAUGUCCAAGGUUUGGAUUACUCGCCCGAACUGAACACAAUUGUUUCGGCAAGCAGAGACAAGACGAUCAUCUGGUGGGACGCAAAAUCUUGGAAGAUUCAGAAGAUUGUGCCUUGCCUUGAGCUCGUCGAGGCUGUUGGGUUUGUCAACGGUGGCCGUCUGACCUAUUCUGCGGGAGCCAAGGGAUGCCUCCGCAUCUGGGAUACCGAGACUGGUCGUGAGUUGACCAAGGACCAGCCUGCGAAGGCCGAGGCGGAGGGCAUCGUCAGCGCAGUUUCCCAUCCUGAGCUUCCUUUCAUCUUGUGCGUCCAGGUAGACCACACCUUGGCUCUGUAUACGGUACCUGAGAAGGACGAUGUCGAGGGCUCGAUGCUUGAGCCUUUCAGGCGGAUAUCCGGAACUCACGACUCGAUCAUCGACUUGAGCUACCUCCUGCCAGACCGCUCGCUGCUUGCUCUUGCCACUAAUGCCGAGGAUAUCCGUAUCGUAUCUGUGAAGGACUCUCAGGACGACUCAAAGCCAGAGAACUCUACAUACUUUGGCCAGGACCUGGCUCUGCUGAAGGGACACAAUGACAUUAUCGUUUCAUUGGAUGUCGAUUGGUCAGGAUAUUGGAUUGCGACGGGUGCCAAGGAUAACACCGCCCGUCUUUGGCGUGUCGACCCCGCCAACAACUCCUAUACAUGCUAUGCCACGUUCACCGGCCACACCGAAUCAGUUGGUGCUGUUGCCCUGCCCAAGCAGCCACCCCCAGAAUCGUCGGCACAGUUCAAGGACCCUCUCAGCCAUCCCCCGCCCUUCCUUUUCACUGGUUCCCAAGAUCAAACAGUCAAAAAGUGGGAUAUUCCAAGAGAAGCUCAGCAAGGAAAGAAGGGAUCCCGUGCCUUGUUCACCAGAAAGGCACACGACAAGGACAUCAACGCGAUGGAUGUUCACCCUUCAAACCAGCUUUUUGCCUCUUCGUCGCAGGACAAAAUGGUCAAGAUCUGGUCAGUGGCGGAAGGUGAGGUUCAAGGUAUUCUGCGUGGUCACCGCAGAGGCGUGUGGUCUAUUAGAUUCGCACCUUCCCAAUGUCCUUCCAUCCAGGGAGACGAGGGCCAGGUGGCCGGCAAGGGUGUUGUUCUGACGGGCAGUGCGGAUAAGACGGUGAAGCUGUGGAGCUUGACAAACUACACCUGUAUCAGGACAUUCGAGGGUCACUCCAACAGUGUCCUGAAGGUUGUCUGGCUGAACAUGCCGAAGCCUGAGGGCAAGGGCAAGAAGCAGAUUCAAUUCGCCAGUGCUGGCAGCGAUGGCCUCGUUAAGGUCUGGGACGCAAACUCGGGCGAAGCUGAGUGCACGCUGGACAACCACGAAGACCGUAUAUGGGCUUUGGCCGUCAACUCCGCCGACAACACCAUUGUGUCUGGUGACGGUGACUCCAUUGUCACCUUCUGGAAGGACACCACCUCCGAGUCCCAGGCCGCUGCCACAGAAGCCGCCCAGAAGCUGAUCGAACAAGAGCAGGAACUUGAGAACCACAUUCACGCUGGCUCUUACCGUGAGGCCAUUGUGCUCGCCCUUCAGCUCAACCACCCCGGAAGGCUGCUUAGCCUCUUCACUUCUGUUGUGACCUCCAGCACUCCCGAGCAGGGCAGUCUCUGCGGACUUAAGGCGGUCGACCACGUGCUCGCCACUCUCUCCGAUGAGCAGAUAUUUACCUUGCUCUUGAGGCUGCGAGACUGGAACACAAACGCGCGGACAGCGGCAGUGGCUCAGCGAAUCCUCUGGACGCUCGUACGAAGCUAUCCUGCGUCCAAGUUCUCGAACCUCUCGGUUAAGGGGGCUCGCGGGCAGAGGAGUCUCAAGGAGGUGCUCAACGCGCUCAAGGUGUACACGGAGAGGCAUUACAGGAGGACGGACGAGCUCGUGGACGAAAGUUACUUGGUGGAAUAUACCCUGCGAGAGAUGGACAGUCUCGCACCCGCGAUACAGGAUGUCGUUAUGGAGGGCGCUGUGGAUGUAGAGGGAGACGCCAUUAUGGCAUCCUGA